UCCCCUCAUUCUGUGUUGUGUGUCUUGAGGCAUAAACAAAGUUAUUGAUCCAGACCUUUUACUCAAGUUUAGCGUGAUGUAUGUGACGACCCGCUCUAUUUAGAGCCUCUAUGACCAUCUCGAUAUUAUUUUCAAAACUUUAAGCUCUUUCAUUGCUUUAAUUUGAAACUCUAGUAUGUGAUGUGAAAGUAGAUAUUUAGCUCGUGAGUGUGUGUCUACUGCUAGAGUCCUCCUGUCCACAACCCUUUUUGAGGCAGGUAGUAGUGUCCCUUAGGCGUCCAAUAGCACCUGCCGACCUUGCCAUUUGAGCUGAUGAAAGAGCAGGAUGGUUUUCGCGUGCUGACGCCUCAAUUUUCUACUGUCAUCCGCAUGAAUUGCAACGUCUGUGACUUACAUCCACCAGCAGAAGAUGCAGUGUUUGGGGUGGAGGGAACCAUUCGUUAAGCCCUGCUUUAAAGGGAAACCUGAAUGUCAGUUAUGGUUUUCACGUCAAGAACGAAUGAUCUGUUGAAAUUUAGCAAGCUAGCUUGCAGUGCCAUGGCCCCGACGAAUAGAAGAUAUGAGGUUAUGUUUCAAAGAGUCCUCAUCUAACCGGAAUAAGCCAGUCUAUUGUCACAUAAGUGUUUUAAUCUUCACAACAGAAAGACUUGCCGCCUGAAAUUGAAACUGGGAGCACAAGAUUCCGCAGAAGAUUCUGAUGUCAAUGCUGGUUUGUUGUUUUCUCGGUUUUUUGUUUGGAAAUGAAAAAGAAGUUUCCGAAUCAAGUAGAAGGAGUCUUGUUCCAGCUAGCUGUUUCAAAAGCUCUCGGAAGUUUCUUUGCUGUACAAUAAUGGAAAGAAGUUCAGGCAAUUUCAUGAGUCGUCGAAAAGAUGACCUCACCAAAAGGAACUCAUCUGCUCGAACUGAGAGGCCUGUCAUGGCAGACAUUGGUUUGCAAGUUGGGGAGGGGCUCAUUCCUAGUGCAGGAAAUUCACCGUCAAAAAGUGGGAAUUGUUUUGGAUCACCAGUUCAGGAGACAAAAGAGGCGGACCGCAAUACUCAUGUAAUGUCACUCAAAGAUAACAAGUAUUCUGAGGGAUCACCAAAUAAGUCUUGUGAUGUGUUGCCUCCUGUGGAAAAGAACUCACCACAAAAACCCUGUUUAAGUCAUGAAAAAGUGGUAAUCUUCGCUGAUGAUAUGAGCACUAGUGACACAGGAAAUGAUAGUUCACCUCAUAGCCCUGAUCACAAUAUGUCUCCUGAUGAGGCCUCUAUAAAAAUUGUAAAAGCUGUUGCACCAGCUGGGCUUCCGAAACCAACCAAACAACGUCUAUUCACACAGUGCCAUUCAGUUGACAACUUACUCCCGUCAUCAAUUCACUCAUCUCCUGGUUCUACCCAUAGUGUACCAGAAGCACCUCCUCGCCGGAAAAAAAGGUCACCCUCUCACGAGGCACUGCUAGGACCGAGAAAUAGACCACAAUCAGUUGGUUGUGAGGGCCAUCUUGAACAUACAAAAAGUAAUUUAAAUGGAGGUGGAGAAUCCAACACGAAUCAAAGUGGUGCCUCAACAGAAAAUUUGGCAAGGCAGUCAUUGCUUGCAGCACAACUUCUGCAUUUGAUACCAGCAAACAAAGCUCGUGAAAGGAACUAUCUUCAUGGGAGAAUUGCUGCAAACUCAUUGUUAGGAACAUUAGAGUUAGAGCGAGUUUUACCUUCCCGAACUGUUCAAAUUUUUGUUGGAACAUGGAACAUGAAUGGCCAGGCACCACCUUCUGAGCUUAAUGACUUACUCCUGCCUGAGGAGCUGGAACAUGUGCCAGACUUUAUGGUAUUUGGCACCCAAGAAAGCUACCCAGAAAGAUUUGAGUGGGAGGUAGGAAUUCAAGAAACGAUUGGACCAUCACAUGUGUUACUGCAUUCAGCUGCCUUAGGCACUUUACAUUUGGCCCUCUAUGUUAGGAGGGAUCUGAUUUGGUUUUGUUCAGUUCCUGAAGAAGCAAGCUUUAGUGUUCGUCCAGGAACAGCCUUUCGUACUAAAGGCGCUGUAGCUAUAGCCGUUAUGCUCUUUGGAACAUCUUUUUUGUUCAUUACUUCUCAUCUCACAGCACAUGCAGAAAAAGUGAAAGAACGUCUUAGUGAUGUGAAGAAAAUAGUUCGAUCACUUGAUUUGCCAAAAAACCUGCCCUGCAGACACAAAAAUAAAGAUGUCACUCAAAACUUUGACUGUGUCUUCUGGUGUGGGGAUUUAAAUUUUCGACUUUCCCAGCCUAGGGCGGAAGUAGUUGACUGGGUGGCAAAACAACAAUUUCCAUUACCUGCACCAUAUAAAAUGGAAAUGGAUCAACUGACUAACAGCAUACUUCAAGGUAUGGUAUUUCGAGGGUUUGAAGAAGGACCCAUCACCUUUAAGCCCACCUACAAAUAUGAUCCUGGAACGCAGAUGUUUGACACAUCUCAAAAGCAGCGAACUCCUUCCUAUACGGACAGAAUUCUAUUCAAAUGCCGACAAGCACCUCGCCGAGCAAGCAGUUUACUCGGAGGAUCUCUGCCCAUUACCACUCCAUCUGGUGCCCCUUUUCUGGUGUGCCAGAAGUACAGUUCUGUGCAAUCAGUUUGCACAUCAGACCAUAAGCCAGUGUGGGGACUUUUCAGCAGCCAUGUGAGACCUGGAAUUGAUACGAUUCCACUUGCUGCUGGCUCCUUCAAUAGAGAAGUCUAUUUGGAGGGGAUUAAACGCAGAGCAGCAGCUAUGGAUAAAAGAGAUGGAGCAUCAACAGUCUGCUUGAUUCAAUAAACUUGUUCUUGGUUUUCUCCCUGGUUUGCAGUGUGGUGAUUCCCUUGUAACUCCCAGUUGUGUGAAUUGACCUCUAUCAUCUAGUCCCAACUGUCUCGAGUUACUAUCUAGUCAGUACCUACUACGUCUAGUCAUUUUGAAUCAUUUACAGUGUUCUAUAUUUAUUCCUCAGUUUCAUAAGAAAAACUUGACGUUGAAAACAUUAGUACUAGAAAGAGCUUUGGAUACAUUAUGCACAACUAACAGUAUUGGAAUGUGGUAAUACUGCAGGCUCUUUUGCAGCAAUAUCUAGAUUAAUUUUUUGUACUCUGCUUGAUGUAAGAUGAAGUCCUGUGAUUUUUUUUUAAACCUAGGAAUAAGUGUUUGUGAUCCCAGAUUGAUUAUAUAUAUAUGUAUAUAUUUAGAGUGGUACUAGUACCACACCUAUCAUUAGGACAAAUGAAUGGUUUUAUAUGGAUUGUUUACUUGAUAAGAGCCAGCAAGCUUUGGGAGGGAAACAAUAUUAUUACGAUAAUGAGGCUGCCUUGUUGACAAUCUAUUAAAGAGGUAAUAUCAUGGUAUUUGACCAUCGAUUGGAAUUGUUUCUUUGAGGGACAUUCAAUAUUGUAGAGAAAGUAAUACUACUUCAAUAAGUAAAGCAAUAAAUGUCAACUUCAAAUAAUACUUGAAGAGAAAUAAUACUGUACUAGUCAAUUCAUCAGCAUUUGCUUCUCAGUAGGACAAAUGCACAGUGUGAUCCACACAAGCAUGUAAUCAGGGUACUCUGAUAUUUAGUUAUACCUUUACCAUAAAAAGAAAAAAAAAAAGAAGAAAAGUGUUUUCCCCAGUGCCUGGGUGUACGGUUCUUAUAUUGUCCUAAAGUUUUAUACCCCUCCAUGAAAUCUACCAAGCACUUUCCCAGAAUCUUUGUCUCCCAUCAAUAGACUGAAAUACAAUUAAUGCCUGCCUCUUAUAA